CUUCCGGACAGUUCUUUGAUACGUGUUCCAAAGGAAGUUUGCAGUUUCGGAUUAGUUAACAAUACGUAUAGCUAUAAAGGGUUGCUUUAAGCUAACCCUUUUUGUUGCUAAAUCUCUUGUGAUUCAUUUUGUUCUCAACUCAACGCAGAACGUGUUGGUUGGGUUGUUUUUUAGUUCGUGAGUUUAAGGGGAUUCUUUCUCUGUUUCUCUUUGGAAACUGAAUGUUUGUUUUGUUUAAGUUGUUUUGGGAAGUGGGAAGUGUUGAAUCUUGAAGUUGUUUUGUUUUUUUGAAGCUGAAGAAAGGGUCUGGCUUACCUCAUUGGUUGGGUAAGCUAUGGCAUCUUGUUUAGGAGUUGGGGUGUCAUUGUUUGGAGCUUCAGUUCAAAAGAAUAGGCAUUCAUGGGGAGUGCGAGUUAGAAGUGAAGGUGGAGCUUCAGCUGAUUCAGUUUCAGCUGUGGUGAAUGGAGCUUCUGUGGUUAGGGAGGAGGGAAGUUGGUCUUCAAUAGAUAAGGGCAAUGGUUGGUUAAAGUCUAAAGCUGCGGAGAAGAAGAUCAAGUUGAAAGAUGAUGUUCCAGAGAAGUUGGAGCCAUUUUGGGAUGAUGGGUAUGGGACUGUGACUGUUAAAGAUUACUUUGAUGCCGCUAAGGAUUUUACUCAGCAUCCUGAUGGCGGUCCACCUCGCUGGUUUUGCCCUGUUGCGUCUGGAUCUCCAUUAAAGGGUUCUCCAAUUCUUUUGUUUUUACCAGGAAUGGAUGGCACUGGAUGCGGCCUUAUCUUGCAUCAUAAAGCUCUCGGGAAGGCUUUCGAAGUUCGGUGCCUACAUAUUCCUGUUCAAGAUCGAACGCCAUUUGAAGGACUUGUGAAGCUUGUUGAAGAAACUAUCAGGUCAGAGCAUGCUUGUUCCCCAAACAAACCAAUUUAUUUAGUUGGGGACUCAUUUGGAGGAUGCUUAGCACUCGCAGUGGCUUCACGUAAUCCUAAAAUUGACCUUGUUCUCAUUUUAUCAAAUCCAGCUACUUCUUUUGGCCGGUCUCAAUUGCAACCCCUGUUUCCGUUUUUAGGAGCUAUGCCUGAUGUACUACAUGAAACAGUUCCUUAUGUUCUUAGCUUUAUUAUGGGUGAACCAUUUAAAAUGGCAACGGUCAAUGUUGAAAGCAAACUUCCUCCAAUGCAACGAUUUGAAAAAGUAUCACAAAAUUUGACUGCUUUACUACCAAAUCUUUCGGAUUUGGCUAGCAUUAUACCGAAGGAUACUCUUCUUUGGAAGCUGAAGCUGCUCAAAUCAGCUGCUGCGUACGCUAAUUCUCGACUCCAUGCUGUUAAUGCCGAAGUACUUGUGCUUGCUAGUGGCAAGGAUAACAUGGUUCCAAGUGGGGAUGAAUCCCGACGACUUCGAAAAUCAUUGCAAAAUUGUACAGUUCGCUAUUUCAAGGAAAAUGGACACACCUUAUUAUUGGAAGAUGGUAUUGGUUUACUGACAGUAAUUAGAGGCGCUCAGAAGUACCGCCGAUCAAGAAAGCAUGAUGCUGUUUUGGAUUAUCUUCCACCCAGUUUAGCAGAGUACAAUUAUGCUUUUACUCAAGUGACUGGACUAUUUCAUUUUCUCACUGGUUCUACAAUGUUCUCAACUUUGGGAGAUGGAACUGUAGUGAAAGGUCUUUCUGGAGUUCCUAAUGAAGGUCCUGUGUUGCUAGUAGGUUAUCACAACUUAUUAGGAUUGGAGCUAACUCCUUUAGUUGAAGGAUUCUUGAGAGAGAAGGGUAUUGUGGUUCGUGGAGUAGCACAUCCAGAGUUGUUCUUGGGAAACCUCGAGUCUGAAUCUCCUGAAGUAUCUUUGAUUGACUGGGUGAAAGUAUUUGGUGCAGUUCCUGUCACUGCUAACAAUCUAUACAAAUUGUUAUCACAAAAGGCACACGUUCUUCUCUAUCCUGGGGGUGCACGCGAGGCUCUUCACUACAAGGGUGAAGAAUAUAAGUUGUUCUGGCCAAAUCAACAAGAAUUUGUGAGAAUGGCUGCUCGUUUUGGGGCUACAAUUGUACCAUUUGGUGCUGUUGGAGAAGACGACAUAGCACAAAUGCUCUUAGAUUAUAAUGACCUGAUAAAGAUUCCUAUGGUUAGUGACUACAUCAGAGAGGCAAAUCAGAAUUCUGCUAAAGUGAGUUGGAUACAAUCAUUUUAUUCAAGAUUGAAGAACCUUCGGAGGUUUGCUUUCAAAUAUUUCUAUCCGAAUAUGUCAAGUCGUGAUCUAGAAGGAGGACAUCAACUGGUACGAAUUAUGAGCUUGAAUUUGGCUUUGUUUUCUCCCAUUCUAGCUUUAGGUGCCUGUAUUAUAAACAAUUAGGAAUACAAAGAAAGUCCAAACUCUGAUUAAACCACACAAAAAAGGUUACCUUGUAAAUUUUAGCUUAUUUGGUUACCCAUUUUUUCUAAUAGAUACAUAGCUAUUGGAAGCUUUCCUGUCUUCUGGAUUUUUAUAUUUAGACUUCGGAUGAAUUCAACGAAGGAAUUGUUAUUGGCCUUGUGAUAUCAAAAACUCCUAGAAUUAGGGGGCUGUUUGGUGAUUGACAGGGGAUGUAAUUCAAAAUUCAUGUUUGGAUUGGAUGUUUUUUGUCCGAUUUGUAAUGUAAAAUUAUUUCGUUCCGACAGUUUUCAAUCCAACCACUUUUUUUACUA